GUGUUUUGGCGUAAUUUAUAAGUUGAUCUACUAAGAAAAAUGUAAAAAUUAAUCAAGUGUUUAAAACUGUAAAGUAAAGUUUCACAGUAAAUAUACUGUAAAACUUUGAAUUACGGUUUUUAAUGUCGAAGCCUGUUCGUCAGUACGUUUUGUAAAAAUAUUUUUAAAUUGCACGUGUGUGACUUGCGAUAAACAAAGUAUUUAUAUCUAUAUCAUUUAUAAAUUAAAAAGUAUAUCUAAUAUAACCAUAUUUUAUUGUGGUCAACUAUUACUUUGAAAUAGUAUAUAACUGUAAAAGCCAUCAUGCUAGAAGUUAAUGGUGUUGGAAAAAAGAAAACAUUUAACAAACGUAAAUCAGAACCUACUUCACCAUUGUUGACUAAAAGAAUUGAGACAGAAAAUUCAGACACUAUUGAAAACAACUUGCCAAUGCUAAAUAUUAAAAAGGCCAAGAAACGCAAGUCGGUAUCUGAUUCACCACUUCCAGCUUCAUCGCCAACAGGUAUAAAUGAUGCCCCAGAAAAAUUAGAAACUACUGAAAACAAUUGGCCAAUGCAAAACAUUAAAAAAGCCAAAAAACGUAAGUCUGCAUCUGAUUCACCACUUCCAGCCUCAUCGCCAACAGGUAUAAAUGAUGCCCCAGAAAAAUUAGAAACUACUGAAAACAAUUGGCCAAUGGAAAACAUUAAAAAAGCCAAAAAACGCAAGUCUGCAUCUGAUUCACCACAUCCAGCUUCAUCGCCAACAGGUAUAAAUGAUGCCCCAGAAAAAUUAGAAACCACUGAAAACAUUUGGCCAAUGCAAAACAUUAAAAAAGCCAAAAAACGCAAGUCUGCAUCUGAUUCACCACAUCCAGCUUCAUCGCCAACAGGUAUAAAUGAUGCCCCAGAAAAAUUAGAAACCACUGAAAACAUUUGGCCAAUGCAAAACAUUAAAAAAGCCAAAAAACGCAAGUCUGCAUCUGAUUCACCACUUCCAGCUUCAUCGCCAACAGGUAUAAAUGAUGCCCCAGAAAAAUUAGAAACUACUGAAAACAAUUGGCCAAUGGAAAACCUUAAAAAAGCCAAACAACGCGAGUCCGCAUCUGAUUCCCCGUUACCCGCUUCACCACCAACACGGUUAAGUGAUUUACCAGAAGCAAAGAAGCAGAAAAUUGCAAAACACCAUUCUACUUAUCCAUUGUUAACUCAUAAUAUAAAAUUAGAAACUAUAAAUGACUUGCAUGUAGAAAAGAAGAAAAAAAUUAAGAAGCCGAAAUUAGAAUCUGUUUCGCCACCAGUAACUGAAGCCUCAAAGUUAGGAUCAAAAGCAAAUGGCUCACCAGCACAGGAAAAUAAUCUUGUGCUUCAAAAGGAAGUGACAUUUGAGGAGCCCUCUUUGGAAGAGAUUGGUGCAAAAUACCCUGUGUUAAAAGAUGAGGAAUUGAUUAAGAAAUUUAUGUCUGUACCAUUGUCAGGAAACCAAAAAGGUCGCAUCCGACAAGAGAUGCAAGGUAAAUUGAAGAGAAAAACGAGUUCUGUCCACCCGGAUGCAAUACACAAUAGUAUUCUCGCUAUUUUGAGAAGCAAUGCCGACCUAACCGAUGCACAGUUGCGUAAAAUUAGGAUUUUGUACAACAUGUUAAAAGUGGCAAUAGUGGCCGAGAAAAAUAAUACGAUAAAAAAACCAUCUGAAGAAAAGGCAGUGGAGAAAAAGAAGUUAAAAAAGAAUGAGAAUAAAGAAAAUGUAACUGAAGGUAAUAAAGUUGAAAAGAAAGAGCAAGUGAGAAAAGUUAAAGGAAAGAAGAGAUACGUAGUGUUCCUAGGAAAUUUACCUUUGGACGUCACUAAAGAUAUGAUAAUGCAACAUUUCGUUGAAAUGAAUGAACACAUAAUAAAUAUUCGUAUACCAAAACCAAAAGAGAACAAACUGGAGAAUAAAAAAGCUAUGGCUUACGUUGAACUUCGAAACGAACCCACGUAUGAGUUGGCUUUGUCCAAACAUCACUCAAUGAUGGGUAGCAAUAGGAUUAAAGUAUUGUACACCACGCAAAAGAAUAGCAAAAUUAGCAAGAGCGAUGCAAAACGUAAAUCAGCAAAGCUCAUAGCCCUACAGAAGUCUGGCAUGUUAAUAGGUAGCACACCUUUCCAUAAAAAGAGGAGUCAACGUCGGUCAAAGCUAAAACAAGCGCGACUCAAACAGGAAAUGGAAUACGGUUUAUAAAUUUAUAAUAGUUAAUAAAAAUAUUGUUAAGCACAUGGGUUCUUAUUAUGUAUCUUUAAUUGGAUUAAGUAUAAAAUUAAUUUAUUUAAGUAUUAUAUUGUGUAUAUAUUAUAUCAAUUUUUCUUUCUGGAAAUGGAAAAUAUUCUUAAAAUGAAAAAAAAAAACAGUAUUGCAUUCUGAAUGCAAAAAGAAUUAGGGCAAAUUUUCAUUUUGAUCGAAAGUUUAAAAUAUAUAUUUCGGCUGUUUGGGCGGAUUGCCUGAACAUUGAUGAAAAUACGCUCACUAGUACCGAGAAGAUACAAAUGCUUGAAACAAUUUUUCAGUCCUGUUGGGUCCAGCUCAGUGGUUAGAGCAGUCCCUGGAUUGCGAAAGUUCGUGGGGUAGAGUCCAAUCUCAGAGAACCUGGAGCUGGUGUUUU